GUAUAAAUAAGGACUCAACGGGGACACCGACGCCUUUUCAAAACCAAAACUGUUACCUGUAUCAUUUUGUGUUAGGGUUCGCGUUGUCUUCGAAAAACGCCAUCUUUCAACAAAAAUCACAGUAAGCACUAUUUUGUGCAAUUUUAGCAGUUUUGGCAAGUAGCAUAUUUGUCCCUUCUGCUCUAGAUACGUUGCAAUGUUGCUGAGGAUUGUGAUGGCUGUUGUAUCGCUGUCGUCCGCAGUGGACGGCCACGGCAUGUUGCUGAACCCGGCAGGCAGGUCCAGCAUGUGGCGACUAGGGUAUGAUGUCAACCCAAACUACAGUGACAAUGAACUCAACUGCGGCGGUUUAGGGAUGCAGUGGGACACCAACGGAGGCAAAUGCGGCGCCUGCGGGGACGCGUACGGCGGACCCUACUUGAAUCAGCCACCCUAUGGGAUUUACGUCCCAAAAAUUGCCGCCAGACGUUACCAACGCGGUGACGUAAUCAAGGUCCACAUCAGGCUGACCACCAACCACAAGGGUCACUUUGAGUUCCGCAUCUGUCCCAACGACAAUUUCAACCGCCGCGUGACUCAGGAGUGUCUAGACAGGCACCCCCUGUCCUUAGCCGACGGCACAGGCACUCGCUGGCACAUACCCAUGUAUACGCCAUGGAGCCAUAACUUCACUGUCCUUCUGAAACUCCCAGAGGACGUGGUGUGCGAGAAACAAUGCGUUCUGCAAUGGAAAUAUACGGCAGGCAACAACUGGGACUACGACUUCGAAACUGGUGAGGGAUGCAGCGGAUGUGGCAAACAGGAAACUUUCAUCAACUGCGCCGACGUUGCCAUCACCGAUUCGAAACAAUGGAGCCAGUUUCAGAGCCAAAUGAGCGACCCGAACAGCAAGUCUGGCUGUGUGGGCAUCCCGCGACUGGGUCAGCGAGACACCGCGGGCUCCUGGCUCUUCUGCCGCGACCAGUGUACCGUUGACUCUUGUGACACCCGGUAUUGCAUGUGCGCCUCCGUGUCCGAGCGUCUGAAAGAUGAACUCUACGACACAUGUCAUCCGUGGCCAACAGAACCGUUCCUUUACCAGCGAGGCACGGCCCACUCUGUGCAGUACUGCAAGAACCACUGCUGGAGCCGGUAUGGGUGCCGUGAGCACAACCAAUGGUGCGUGUGUCGCGAGAAGGUGUUCCCGGGGUAUUAUACCACUACCACUACACCGGCCCCAACAACUCCAGCAGAACCGGAUUGCUACAAAGCCGUUGGUUUACCCACGUUUAAAUCACCUCUUGCAGACUAUUGGUGCCAAAUCAAUUGUUCUAAUAUACCCAGUUAUUGCCCAGAUGCCUUCUGCAAAUGUCUGGACAAAAAUGAAAAACUUUUGAAUAAGAAGUAAUAUAUUGUAUAUAUUUUUGCAAAUGUCCUCAUGUAUUGUAAAUUUGUACAUGUUUAUUGUCAUAAUGUUUACCAAGCUGUACAGCUGGAAUGGUGAUUUUUAUCCAUUCCUGUGCAUGGUGACACAUUUAUACGGGUAUGGUUUUAUGUACCUUUGUAAACUAGUUUGCAUUUUUGCUGAAGGAUUUUAUGCAUACGUACCCAAUACUUGCUAUUGGACAGAAGUUGAGCUUCUGCACACGCAGACGCGCGCGAGCACGCGUAAAUGGGGCCUUAUAUGUUCGACCUUUCUUUCACUAUCACCUGAGUAAAGUAUCUUUACCUCUAGAAUUUAUGUUUGCCACGUUCUUGACUUCAUCAUAGAGUUGGCAGCAUGAGUUCUUACUUUUACACCGGCGUGUAAGAAUAAUUACCCCACGCACUCAUAAGUACGCAUCUUUACUGUUUCAUUUUUAGCGUUCGACUGUAAACUCACCUUAUUUUUCACCUUGUGCCAAUGUGGCAGAUGGUAAAGAAGACGUGCUUGACCAUUAAUCUAAAUACCCAACAGUGUUGCUGACAUUAUCCUUGGCAACAAAGUAAGAAACCUUCCCUUGUACGUUCUGCUAUACAGUUUAGAGAAAGUUACUAUCCUUAAAUUGUAGUGUUACCACGGCACUUUCAAGAGAAAUGUUUUAGCGUUGUAAUUUUGCAUACCUCUCUAUUGUUUACAUAAGUAUUUAUUUGCACAUUCGUUUUGUGAAAACAUGAUACAUUACAGGCUGUAUCCCACGCAUUAUUUUUACAAAUGUUUGCUUAUUGUUCAAGGAAGCAAACGCAAUUGGAUUCAUUUUUGCGGUUUCCUUUACUCAUGUAAACGUCUUCACUUUAUUUAUUUGUACUUUUCAUAGCGUACGUAACUUACACGUAUAUCACUAACAGUGAAUUCCUCAGGACUUUAACGAGACAUGUCACAAUAUUCUUAGGUAGCACUUAUCAAAUUACAAAGAUAAUCAACUGACAAAAGAAUUCAUUCCUGAACCCAGGUUUUGCAGUUAUAUCUGUAUUUGGCUUCUAAAUCCUAAUGCCAGUUAUGGAAAGUUUAGAAGUCUUAACUGUUAUAUAUAGAUCUAUAAGUACUGACUUUAUUUUUAGAAUGAUGUAACCCAGAUGCUGCCAUGUACAUUUACUAAUGUCAUUGCCAUUUGAAAAAUGAGCCAUCUGGGUGACACAAUAUGGCACUUUGUAUGAUUUUUAAUAUAUAAUAUAAAUGUUCCUGUCAAAAAAAUUUA